GUUAGGGGCGACUCUGUGGACGCGGUCGGGAGACCCGGGUGGUAGUUUGCCUCCCUGGUGCCAGGGUCUGGGAUGUGUCUGAACGUGUCCAAGAUAUCCUGAAAUGGGAGGGAGAGGAGCCCGAGGUCGUGGUACAUAUAGGUACCAAUGACAUAGGUAUUUGGGCAAGAGUGACCAUAAUAUGGUUGAGUUCUUCAUUAGGAUGGAGAGUGACAGUGUUCAUUCAGAAACAAGGGUCCUGAACUUAAAGAAAGGUAACUUUGAGGGUAUGAGACGUGAAUUGCCCAACAUUGACUGCCAAUUGAUUCUUAAAGGGUUGACGGUGGAUAUGCAAUGGAAUGCAUUUAAAGACUGCAUGGAUGAACUAAAACAAUUGUUCAUCCCAGUUUGGCAAAAGAAUAAAUCAGGGAAGGUAGUGCAUCCGUGGAUAACAAGGGAAAUCAGGAAUAGUAUCAAAACAAAAGAUGAAGCAUACAAAUUAGCCAGAAAAAGCAGCCUACCAGAGGACUGGGAGAAAUUGAGAGUCCAGCAGAGGAGGACAAAGGGCUUAAUUAGGAAAGGGAAAAUAGAUUAUGAAAGAAAACUGGCAGGGAACAUAAAAACUAACUGCAAAGGUUUUUACAGAUACGUGAAGAGAAAGAGAUUAGUUAAAACAAAUGUAGGUCCCUUGCAGUCAGAAACAGGUGAAUUGAUCAUGGGGAACAAGGACAUGGCAGACCAAUUGAAUAACUACUUUGGUUCUGUCUUCACUAAGGAAGACAUAAAUAAUCUGCUGGAAAUAGCAGGGGACCGGGGGUCAAAUGAGAUGGAGGAACUGAGUGAAAUCCAGGUUAGCCGGGAAGUGGUGUUAGGUAAAUUGAAUGGAUUAAAGGCCGAUAAAUCCCCAGGGCUGGAUAGGCUGCAUCCCAGAGAACUUAAGGAAGCAGCCCCAGAAAUAGUGGAUGCAUUAGUGAUAAUUUUUCCAAAACUCUUUAGAUUCUGGAAUAGUUCCUGAGGUUUGGAGGGUAGCUAAAGUAACCCCACUUUUUAAAAAGGGAGGGAGAGAGAAAACGGGGAAUUACAUACCAGUUAGUCUAACGUCGGUAGUGGGGAAACUGCUAGAGUCAGUUAUUAAAGAUGGGAUAGCAGCAUAUUUGGAAAGUGGUGAAAUCAUUGGACAAAGUCAGCAUAGAUUUACGAAAGGUAAAUCAUGUCUGAUGAAUCUCAUGGAAUUUUUUGAGGAUGUAACUACUACAGUGGAUAAGGGAGAACCAGUGGAUGUGUUAUAUCUGGACUUUCAGAAGGCUUUCAACAAGGUCCCACAUAAGAGAUUAGUAUACAAACUUAAAGCACACGGUAUUGGGGGUUCAGUAUUGAUGUGGAUAGAGAACUGGCUGGCAGACAGGAAGCAAAGAGUAGGAGUAAAUGGGUCCUUUUCACAAUGGUAGGCAGUGACUAGUGGGGUACCGCAAGGCUCAGUGCUGGGACCCCAGCUAUUUACAAUAUAUAUUAAUGAUUUGGACGAGGGAAUUGAAUGCAACAUUUCCAAGUUUGCGGAUGACACAAAGCUGGGGGGCAGUGUUAGCUGUGAGGAGGAUGCUAGGAGGCUGCAUGGUGACUUGGAUAGGCUGGGUGAGUGGGCAAAUGCAUGGCAGAUGCAGUAUAAUGUGGAUAAAUGUGAGGUUAUCCACUUUGGUGGCAAAAACAGGAAAGUAGACUAUUAUCUAAAUGGUGGCCGAUUAGGAAAAGGGGAGAUGCAACGCGACCUGGGUGUCAUGGUACACCAGUCAUUGAAAGUAGGCAUGCAGGUGCAGCAGGCAGUGAAGAAAGCGAAUGGUAUGUUGGCAUUCAUAGCAAAAGGAUUUGAGUAUAGGAGCAGGGAGAUUUUACUGCAGUUGUACAGGGUCUUGGUGAGACCACACCUGGGGUAUUGCGUACAGUUUUGUCCUCCAAAUCUGAGGAAAGACAUUCUUGCCAUAGAGGAAGUACAGAGAAGGUUGACCAGACUGAUUCCUGGGAUGUCAGGACUUUCAGAUGAAGAAAGACUGGAUAGACCCGGCUUGUACUCGCUAGAAUUUAGAAGCUUGAGGGGGGAUCUUAUAGAAACUUACAAAAUUCUUAAGGGGUUGGACAGGCUAGAUGCAUGAAGAUUGUUCCCGGUGUUGAGGAAGUCCAGAACAAGGGGUCACAGUUUAAGGAUAAAGAGG